AGCCCGGCCUCCGCCCGCCCGCCCGCCCGGAGCGGCAUUUUUAUUCAGGCGACGCUUAAGGGAGCCCGGCGCGCCCGGUGCAUUGUGGGAGCGCCGCGGCCCGUUUUCGGGAGGAGGCGGAGGGCGCAAAGCGAGCCGGUGGAUCCCAGAGCCGAGCUGAUUGUGAGGGAGGGGAGGGGCUGAACACUGAGGAGUGUGGGCCCCAGAACCAUGUCUACGCGGGAGUCCUUUAACCCGGAAAGUUAUGAAUUGGACAAGAGCUUCCGGUUAACCAGAUUUACUGAACUGAAGGGCACAGGCUGCAAAGUGCCCCAAGAUGUCCUGCAGAAAUUGCUGGAGUCCUUACAAGAGAACCACUUCCAAGAGGAUGAGCAGUUUCUGGGAGCUGUUAUGCCAAGGCUUGGCAUUGGAAUGGAUACCUGCGUCAUUCCUUUGAGGCAUGGUGGUCUUUCUUUGGUUCAAACCACAGAUUACAUUUAUCCAAUCGUAGACGAUCCUUACAUGAUGGGCAGAAUAGCAUGUGCCAAUGUCCUCAGUGACCUCUAUGCAAUGGGGGUCACAGAGUGUGACAAUAUGCUGAUGCUCCUUGGAGUCAGUAAUAAAAUGACGGACAGGGAAAGAGAUAAAGUCAUACCCCUAAUUAUACAGGGUUUUAAAGAUGCGGCAGAGGAAGCAGGAACGUCAGUGACAGGUGGCCAAACAGUGUUAAACCCCUGGAUUGUUCUAGGAGGAGUCGCCACAACCGUCUGCCAGCCCAAUGAAUUUAUCAUGCCAGAUAAUGCAGUACCAGGGGAUGUGCUAGUGCUGACUAAGCCCCUGGGGACGCAGGUCGCUGUGGCGGUCCACCAGUGGCUGGAUAUCCCUGAAAAAUGGAAUAAAAUUAAGCUCGUAGUCACCCAAGAAGAUGUAGAGUUGGCAUACCAGGAGGCAAUGAUGAACAUGGCCCGGCUCAACAGGACAGCUGCAGGACUCAUGCACACGUUCAAUGCCCACGCAGCCACAGACAUCACAGGCUUUGGGAUUUUGGGCCAUGCACAGAACCUGGCGAAGCAACAGAGGAAUGAGGUGUCCUUUGUAAUUCACAACCUUCCUGUGCUGGCCAAGAUGGCUGCUGUGAGCAAAGCCUGUGGGAACAUGUUUGGCCUCAUGCAUGGGACCUGCCCAGAGACAUCAGGAGGCCUUCUGAUCUGCUUACCACGUGAGCAAGCAGCUCGGUUCUGUGCGGAGAUAAAGUCCCCCAAAUACGGCGAAGGCCACCAAGCAUGGAUUAUUGGGAUUGUAGAGAAGGGUAACCGCACGGCCAGAAUCAUAGACAAACCCCGGAUCAUCGAAGUCGCGGUGGCCACUCAGAACGCAAACCCCACGCCUGGUGCCACCUCCUAAUCUAGGCAGUAAUAGCUACUUGGUUGUGUUUUUU